AUGGAUCCUUUGGCUCUGCUGUGGCUGCUCCUUACCUCUUGUGGCCUUAACCUGGCUCAGGCCGUGAACCCUUUUGUGGUGCAGCAGAAUCCGCCGGACCCUUGCUACGACGAGAAAGGGGCCUCCCGGCGCUGCAUCCCGGAGUUUGUCAACGCCGCCUUCGGGAAGGAAGUCCAUGCCUCCAGCACGUGCGGGAAGCCUCCCACCCGCCACUGUGACUCGUCCGACCCCCGCAAAGCUCACCCAGCCUCCUACCUCACCGACCUCAACACCGUGGCCAACAUGACCUGCUGGCGCUCCGAGACGCUGCAUCACUCGCCCCAGAACGUCACCAUCACCCUCUCCUUGGGCAAGAAGUUCGAGGUGAUCUACGUCAGCUUGCAGUUCUGCUCCCCCCGUCCCGAAUCAGCGGCCAUCUUCAAGUCCAUGGAUUACGGCAAGACCUGGGUGCCUUAUCAGUAUUACUCCUCUCAGUGCCGUAAGAUCUACGGCAAAUCGAACAAGGCGACGGUCACCAAGCAGAACGAGCAGGAAGCUUUGUGCACCGACGGGCACACGGAUCUGUACCCGUUGACCGGGGGGCUUAUCGCCUUCAGCACCCUGGACGGGCGCCCCUCGGCUCAAGAUUUUGACAACAGCCCUGUCCUUCAGGAUUGGGUGACGGCCACCGACAUCAGGGUCAUUUUCAGCCGCCCCCAUUUGUUCCGGGAGCUGGGAGGUCGCGACCACGAGGACGAGGACGGCGGGACGAGCUCUUCGUCGUACUUCUACGCCGUAGGAGAGUUCCAGGUCGGGGGGCGUUGCAAGUGUAACGGCCACGCGUCGCGCUGCGUGAAGGACAAAGAGGGCAAGCUGGUGUGCGACUGCAAGCACAACACCGAAGGCCCCGAAUGCGACCGAUGCAAACCCUUCCAUUAUGACCGUCCGUGGCAGAGGGCCUCGGCCCGGGAGGCCAAUGAGUGCCUAGCCUGCAACUGCAACCUUCACGCCCGCCGCUGUCGCUUCAACAUGGAGCUCUACAAACUCUCCGGGCGGAAGAGCGGAGGCGUCUGCCUCAAUUGCCGCCACAACACCGCUGGCCGGCACUGCCAUUACUGCAAGGAGGGCUUCUACCGGGACAUGAGCAAGUCCAUCACUGACCGCAAGGCCUGCAAAGCGUGCGACUGCCACCCAGUUGGCGCAGCUGGAAAAACCUGCAACCAAACCACCGGGCAGUGCCCGUGCAAAGACGGCGUGACGGGGUUAACCUGCAACCGCUGCGCUAAGGGCUACCAGCAGAGCCGCUCGCCCGUGGCUCCAUGCAUCAAGAUUCCUGCCAUCAACCCAACAUCUGUCGUCACCAGCACAGAGGAACCAGCAGACUGUGACUCCUACUGCAAGCCAGCCAAGGGCAACUACAAGAUCAACAUGAAAAAAUACUGCAAGAAAGAUUACGUUGUCCAAGUGAACGUCCUAGACAUGGAGACCGUCGCCCACUGGGCCAAAUUCACCGUCAACAUCCUUUCGGUCUACAAGUGUCGGGACGAGCGGGUGAAGCGGGGCGACAACUUCCUGUGGAUCCACAUGAAAGACUUGGCGUGUAAGUGCCCCAAGAUCCAAAUCUCCAGGAAGUACUUGGUGAUGGGCAUCAGCGAAAACCCCGCCGAGCGGCCGGGACUAAUGGCCGACAAAAACAGCUUGGUGAUCCAGUGGCGGGACGCGUGGACCCGGCGACUCCGGAAACUGCAGAGGCGGGAGAAGAAGGGGAAGUGCUUGAAACCGUGAUGGGUUCGGGCCCCUGGCUGUUAAUAGGUGCCUCCCUUGCCCGUCGGGUCCCUCCGCACUCCAGUCGGCAGAACUGAUCCGAGAGACUCUGUACAUAAUACGU